UCAGGAGAGCUCUCCGGCAGCGAGGAGCCCUAUCAGAGUAAAGAUCAGGACUUCAUGAAGAACCGUACGAGCGGUGAUCCUGAUCCACCUCUAGACUCACACUGAGAGCAGCACCAUGAUCGACCUGAGCUUCCUGACGGAGGAGGAGCAGGACGCCAUCCUGGCUGUGCUGAGAAGAGACACGGAGCUGAAGAAGGCUGAGGAGCAGCGAGUGCUGAACCUCCAGAAGAUGGUGAAUGAUAGAGGCCAGCUGAGGUACAUGACUGGAGAAUGGUUCUACGAGAUCAAGCAGCUCCGUCACCAGGACCGCAUCCACGGCUCCGAGAUCAUCAGGGCCUCCAUGAGACACUCACAUAGGUCGCUGACUAUAUUGGAACUCGUCCCCCCUGUGCUCUGUGGGCUCCUCCAGGAGCCCCCCAUGCAGCCCAGCAGUGACAGAUGUGAGAACCAGAAGUCAUUUGAAACACCUAGAUCACUUUUACAGUCACCCACAAAGCAAAGAAAAAAUCCAUUCAAUAGUGAGGUCAUUGCAUGUCACACUUUUGAAGAAAAGGACGGUCAGCUAUUGGUCGCAGCGGUGGAUGACACCCACACACUGAACCAGG